GGCUUCAGAUAUUCAGCAUUCACCCGCCUCGCUUGCAAAGUUCCCGAACAUGGAGGCCCUUGCAGCGGUCCCGGCCCCCGUGAGCGCGGUCAGCGCGGAGAUGAAGCGGCUGGAAAAGGAGGACCCGCUGCUGAAGAGCAACCCCAGGCGCUGGGUGCUGCUGCCGAUCCAGUACAGCGCGGUCUUUGAGAUGUACAAGAAGCACGAGGCCUCCUUCUGGACCGCAGAAGAAAUCGAUCUGGCCAGCGACACCAAGGACUGGGAGGCCCUCACUGAGAAGGAGCGCCACUUCGUGUCCCACGUGCUCGCCUUCUUCGCCGCGAGCGACGGCAUCGUGCUGGAGAAUCUCAGCACGAACUUCGCCUCCGAGGUGCAGAUUCCGGAGGCCCGGGCCUUCUACGGGUUCCAGAUGGCCAUGGAGAACAUCCACUCGGAGACCUACUCGCUUCUCAUCGAGCAGUACAUCAAGGAUCCGGUGGAGAAGGACAAGGUCUUCAAUGCCAUCGCCACCAUGCCGGCGGUGCAGGAGAAGGCCAAGUGGGCGGUGCAGUGGAUGAGCACGGAGUGCAGCUUCGCCGAGCGCAUCGUGGCCUUCGCCGCCGUGGAGGGGGUUCUCUUCAGCGGCUCCUUCUGCGCCAUCUACUGGCUGAAGAAGCGGGGCCUGAUGCCCGGGCUGUGCUUCUCCAACGAGCUCAUCUCCCGCGACGAGGGGCUGCACGCGGACUUCGCCUGCCUCUUGUACAACAUGCUGCAGAACAAGCUGCCGGAGGAGGUGGUGCACGACAUCAUCCGGGGGGCCGUGGACACGGAGCGGAAGUUCAUCUGCGAGGCGUUGCCUUGCGACUUGAUCGGCAUGAACGCCGAUCUCAUGGCCACCUACAUCGAGUUCGUGGCCGAUCGGCUGCUGUGCGCGCUGGGGCACUCCAAGCUCUUCAACGCGAGCAACCCCUUCGACUGGAUGGAGCUCAUCUCUUUGCAGGGGAAGACCAACUUCUUCGAGAAGAGGGUAGGGGAAUAUCAGAAAGCAGGUGUCAUGGGUGGGGGGGAGCAGGAGCAGCGUUUCUCCCUGGAUGCUGACUUCUAAUGCCCAUGUCGGCACGCGAAUUUGGCGCACGACUGGGGCAGUCGGCCAUGUUUGCACGGGGAUUGGGGUUCAUUGACGGCAAUGACACCGAGCAUGAAUUUUCGUCCGCCAACUCAGCGGCUUGUACUUCAAGUCUCGCUUGGUGGCACAGGUGGUGUGCCAUGUGUGCCACCGGUAUAGCUGUGCGGCAUAGUGCGCUGAUGGUUUCAGCUCCAGGAUGCACUCACUGCAAAAUUGCAGUGACGGAUUUGCCGCCGAAAUGGACGAC